AUGAGCGGUUCUCUGCGUCCGAAACUGGCAACCUUGGAAGAGUUGCUAUCCCAUGAUUUUUACAAGAGGCUGGUGGCCUCCGCGGAGAGAUGUUUGCCCGAAGCGAGCAGUGUUAGGGGCCCGGAACAGCUGGCGAGUUCAGAAUUCGGCAAGGAAAUCGUUGAAAUUUACAAAACGCUCUUUUCUGGCGGCUUCAACAAGCUCGACAUGGCCUCGCUCGAGCACUCGGACUACCUGAACCACCUGCUACCGUGUUUGUCCACGGAAUCCCUCCCACUUAUCGCAAAUAUAGACUGUAAAUCGCAAGAAGAGUUCAGGAGAGUGCGCCACUGCGCGGUGAUGACGUGCGUUUGGUGUUUUGUGGAGUCACACUCGAGCGGCAGGUCGGAAUACGUAGAUGUGCUCUCGAAAGUGUCAUCAAAACACAAAGAUUCCUUCGAGGCGCUCUUUUUUAACGCAGCGCAGCUCCUGAUGGUGGAGUCGUGGAAUGAGGACCUGUGCGAAGAGCGCGACUUUGAGUCAGUUGAAAGAGUAACGGUGCUGGAGCAGAGGGCGCUGCUGAGGUUCCUGAUCAUAUGCUUCCAGAGAAUCGAGCUGGUGGAAGUGCGGCGGUGCUGUAUGUCGCUGCUCUCGCCGCAGGUCUGGAUACACAUACCGGAGGAACUGCGAGAGGAGAACUUCUUUAAAAACAACAGAGUCUCGAAAAUGUUGUUCCUGAAGGCGUUUGAGAACUAUAAAGUACGCCACGAAGCCUGCAACUUUGAAGGACUUUUAGAGAAGGGUCGGAGAGUUAACGGUAACGCAGAGGCUGACGACAGCGUCAGAAGAGUGUACAAAGUGGUUCCCACCGACGGGAAUAUUAAGAAUUUGAACGCGAGUUAUCGGCUAAUACUGAGCAGGGACUUUAUCAACUCAAUAAUCAACCAGUUUGUGUUCAUACUGGAGGACUGUAUAUCACUCUCGAGUGACGUGAAAAGUAAGAAGGAUAAGAGUAAAGGAGAGAGCUCGAAAAAGGUGGACGAGGAAGGAGAAAUAAUGAAGCUGAUGUACAUUGAAAAUUAUUUGGAGUUCUUUGUGGAUUUGCUGAGUCAGUUGCACCUGAGAAGGAUCAUCAAGCCAAUAAUAGAAUACAGACUGAUACUGGUGAGGUGUAAGAACCACGGCCUAUACCAAUCGCAAGAAGGUAGCAGUAAGGUUGAAAAGGAGGAGGGGAGCAUAUUUGUGGAGUUGGUUAACAUACUGGAGUAUUACCUGAACUUUAACAUCAAUGAGGAGCUAGGAGUGAGCAUGGACUACAACGUGAUUCUGGAGGAGUACUACAAAAGGUUCAACAAGUUUCAGAGGAUCUGUUACCUGAACUACAAGGAGGACGAGAACCUGAAGAACGUGCACCUGAUAAACAACUACUCGCUGAACACGAACCUGUCGAACAUCCUGUCUAGUCUGGAUAUAGGGGUACUGGUGCAGCUGAAUCAGAAGUUGUUGUUGAUACCAUCGAUGGCUGCGACCAGCGGAAGUAGUGAAGAGAGAGUAAAUGGGUGCCAGAAAGAUUAUUUGUGGCCAUACAGAGUUGAAUUGACGCCAAGGAAGAAAAAGUCGAAAAAGUUGGUAAAAAGGUUACUAAUCAGUAACCUGAUAACGUAUUUGAAGAAGCCAAUAAAUGAACUGGUGUUGAUAAAUAAAAAUAACUUUUACCUUAACCCUUUCUCGUCGUUAUUCAAUAGCACAACAGUAGUAAACGCGGAGGCGUCAGAGAAUGAGGAAUCGAUGGAGACCGGAGAGGCCAUGGAACAGGUCGCGGGGAGGUUGGAGGGAGAGACGAUAGAAAUAGAGGAGGACAUGAACUACAUAAAGCUGAGCACGCUCUCGCUGUUUAAGCUGAACCUGCAGUACCUGACGCUGUUCGACUACCUCUACAGGAACUUCAUACUGUACCAGUUUGAAAUAAUCUACCAGAUCAAGCAGUACAUACAGCAGCAGGUGUUCAUACUCUUUUCAUUCUCGCCGCAGAAGCCGCGAUUCAGCAGGCUGACGAAGGGAGUGAGUGGCGUCGGCAGCAAUGAGGAGGAGAGCGAUAGGUGGGUAGGAAGGAUGUUCAUGGGAAUCAGUGACUCGGCAAUGAGCAUAGCGAACAGGAGAAUCGAGAUGACGGUGACGCUGGACCUCUCGCUGCUGCAGGACUAUAAGAUGAGGCAGGAGUGGCAGCAGCUGACGAAGCACGACAUACUAUACCUGAUACAGCUCACGCCGAACUACAGCAGGUUCAGCACGGGCAACAAGGAACACGACGAGCUGCUCUGGGGGAAGGACGUGAGGAAAAUAAGGUUCGGAGAAAUAGCAGAGGUCCUCGACGAGGAAAACAACAACGUCCUCGAGUUCAACCCGCUCGACAACAGGAGCUUCGUGGGCUUCAAGAUGCGGGUGAAGCUGCUGCUGGACUACCAGCAGUACAUGAAGGACGUCCAGGAGGACCUGGACUACUACAGCGACUUUAACCUGGUGAUCAGGCGGAGCAGGAGGCAGAACAACUUCAAGGCGAUACUGACGAACGUGCAGAACGUGCUGAACCACAGGAUCGACAUGCCGAACUGGCUGCAGAUAGUGCUGCUAGGGUACAUCCACAACCUAACGAGUGAUAAGCGCAGCGUUGCGCGAGGCAGGGAGGCUGAAGUCGGCGUCGCUGACGAGGGAGUCAGUGCGAAGAGGAGGAAGCGCAGCCUCGACAGAGUGGGAGUCAACUACCUGAACACGUUCAAGAGCAAGGAGCACCUGCUGAGCACCACGCAAUUCAUAUCAAUAAAGUUGGUGCCAGUCUAUCACUGCUACUAUAACAAUAGCAACAAUAAGAGUACCAGUAACACGGCCACCUAUAGUAACACAGAUGAAAAGUUGGAAUUGAAGGAGAACAGGUUGUACAUUGAUACAAUAGACAAUGAACUGAACGAGUACGUAUAUGGCCAUAAAAGAGAUUGGAAUAAAGAUUUUAAUAAAAGGGAGUUGAAGAGGAGGGUGAAGAAGAAUUUGAUGAAAAAUGAACAGGUGCGCACGUUUAUACAGAAUCACAUAGUAUCGCACCCGUACAAUACGUAUAAUAACUAUGCUGACUCGGAUGAUGAAGUUCCUGAUGUGGAGUAUGUAGUUAUAGAUGGAGUGAAGUUUGAGUUGUACGUCGAGGAAAGGUACCUGGAAGGGUUGAGUAAGUUGAGUAACAACUACUACGUUAACGAUAACCAGUUGCCGAAGUUUCUGAUAAGUAAUUUCAGUAGUCCAUAUGAGGUUAAGUUUAGCAAGCACAGCAGCAUGGAUGUUGAUGCGAGUGACAACAAGGCCGAGAUAAAGUUUGUGAAUAAGCAGGUUGAAAGUAUUGUGAAUGGGACGUUGGAAGGGCUGACGGUGAUCAUGGGACCGCCGGGAACGGGCAAGACGGACGUGGUGUCGCAAAUCAUAUCGAUACUCUUCAACAACUUCGAGCACGAAAAGAUAGUAAUAUGCACGCACAGCAACUUCGCACUCGACGAUAUAUUCACGAAGCUGGUGAACAAUGAGCUCAUCGAUGAGCAUUACAUGGUGCGCCUGGGACACUCGGACCUGGAAGUGGAUCAAAUGGGACACUUCACGAAGUUUGGAAGAGUGAAUUACAUACUGCAGCGAAGGCUGGACCUUCUGGAGGUGGUGAAGGCGCUGAAGGAACAGUUGAACAUAAAGGGAGACUACGAGAGUAGCAUACAGUACUCGCUGACAUUCCUGCAAUACCAUUUCCUCAACACAGCCUUCAGCAACAUGGGAACGGAAGGAGGCGACGACGUUGAGUUAUCGGAGAAGGAAGUGGCGCUCUUGGAGGGAUUGGAUAGGUUUUUCAGGCUGGAGUUGACUUUUACAUACACGUUGAAGGACGUGAGAAGGCUAUAUGAGCAAAUACAGCUUUAUAGCAACAAGGAACAUCAACUAGAAGACCAACACAACCAGCAACACGAUCAUAAGAAGCUGUUGGCAAAAAAGAAAGUGUACAAAAGGUUCCUGGAUAAGUUGUAUGAAGCGCUGAAUGAGCUGCUGCCGUUUGAAAUUCUGAGGAACAACAGAGACAGAAUGAAGUACCUGGUGGAAAACUACAGUAGAAUCGUGGCAAUGACGUGCACGCACGCGUCAAUAGCGAAGGAGGAACUGGCGACGCUGAACUACAAGAGUCUGGUCUUCGAAGAAGCAGCGCAGAUCUUGGAAAUAGAGAGUUUCAUACCAAUAUGCAGCAACAUCAAGAGGCUGGUGCUGUGCGGAGACCACCUGCAGCUGUCGCCGAUUAUACAGAACGGAGCGCUGCAAAAGUACUCGAACCUUAACCAGAGUCUGUUCCUGAGGCUUAUCAGACUCAACUACCCGUACGUGCAGCUUAACGUGCAGGCGAGGUCGAAGGGAGAGAUACUGGACGUGUACAAGAACUUCUACCCAAACAGGAUAUACACUCUGGGAGAGGAAGAAGUAAGCGGAGAUGAAGUCGCUAAGUUGAUACACGAUUUGAGGAGAAGGCUGGACAGUGGAACGCUCACAGUGAGUCUGAAUUGCGUAGUGCAGUUCAUAAACGUCAACGGCGAAGAAAGUAGUCCCAUAAGGCACUUCUACCAGAACUUGGAGGAGGCGCAGUACUGCGUGUCGCUGUACAUGCUCAUGAGGCUGCUGGGACUGAGAGACAUCGUCAUACUGACGGCGUACAACGGACAGAAGUGCCUAAUCGAGGACGUGGUGAAGAAGAGGUGCAGCUGGAACAACAGAAUAGAGGCGCCCCUGGUCUCGACCAUCGACAAGUUCCAGGGCAGGCAGGCAGACUACGUGAUAGUCUCCCUGGUGAGGACGAAGAACGUGGGAUACCUGAGGGACCCGAGAAGGUUCGUGGUCGCAACGAGUCGCUCGAAGCUGGGCCUGUACAUCGUCGGAAAGAGGACGCUGAUUCAGAACAUAAAGGAGCUGGCAGUGUUCACGACGCAGUUAAAUAGGCACCCAAAUGAUUUGCAGCUGAGACUGAGGUGCAGCGAGCGCAACGUCUGUUCCAACGGCGCCUCGCCCGAGUCACACGGUAGCGCAAGCGAUGCUGGUGGUAACAGUAGUGCUAACAGCACUGGCGAUCGUAGCACUGGAGCCAGUGGCGUCAGCAGUGGCAAAGAGGAGGCGGCGGGAGUUGAGCAGCUGUUGGAGGUUAAGAACAACAGGGAGCUGGAAGACUUGGUAAAGGCGCUAAUGUAG